AUGACAUCUCUAUUCCGGCACCUUCGGGUGCACCAAGUUUUUGGGGCAAACACUGACGUCGGGAAGACGAUUCUUACGACCGCUCUCGUGCGGGCGUCGGCGAAAAGAGGAAAGGACGUGUUUUAUUUGAAGCCUGUGAGUACGGGUGCGUUGGAAGAUGCGGAUGACCACCAUGUCAAGCGAUAUACCAAUGACCUCUUGGGUAAAGUACAUCCGGAGUGUCUGUUCAGAUACGACGAGCCCGUCAGUCCACAUUUGGCUGCGAAGAUGAAGGAAGGGGAGGACGCUGACAACUCGAUACCCACCGACGAAACCUUCAUUACCUCUAUCUCCGACCGCAUUAGGUAUUACGCGAAGAAAGCUAGCGACCCAAGCCAUAUGUAUGUCGAAACGGCAGGAGGUGUCCACAGCCCGACACUAUCCGGAACGACUCAAGCAGACGCCUACCGACCGCUCUUCCUCCCAACCGUCCUCAUUGGCGACUCGAAGCUCGGCGGUAUAUCAACCACAAUUUCCGCAUACGAGGCCCUUCUUCUCCGCGGGUAUAUCAUCGACGCGGUCCUCCUCUUCCAAGACGAGUACUAUCGCAACGGAGAGUACCUGAAACCGUACUUCGAAGAACGCGGGACAUUCUUGGCUACUGUCCGACCUCCACCCCCACGUCUUUCCAACCCGACGGAAAACUUCAUCUCAACGGAGGGGUACUAUAAAACCAUAACGUCGGCAGAGGUGGGCGACGAGGCUGGGCUCGUAGUCGACCAUCUGGACGUGCGACAUAAAUCUAGGGUUGACGAGCUCGAGUCGAUGCCUCGUCGGACAUUGGACACAGUCUGGUGGCCGUUCGUCCAGCACGGACAGGUGAAGGGAGAGAAGGAUGUCACGGUCAUCGACAGCGCGUAUGGAGACUUUUUCAGCGUGACGAAGAAAUCAGAGAGCACAGACACGAAGAGGGCCUUGCUGGAGCCUCAGUUCGACGGCUCGGCAUCGUGGUGGACGCAAACAGUCGGUCAUGCACACCCGUCGUUGACGCUCGCGGCUGCCCGCGCGAGUGGGAGGUACGGGCAUGUCAUGUUUCCCCAGGCGACCCACCUCCCCGCUCUGAACCUCGCUGAACGCCUGGUCAAAGAUGGGCCAGGGAAAGGAUGGGCAAGCCGCGCGUUCUUCUCAGACGACGGGUCCACGGGGAUGGAAGUCGCGCUGAAGAUGGCUCUGCGUGCCUUUGCACUCCGACACGGCAGCAACCUCGGUGCCAAUGAGAAGAAGUCGCUAGGCAUCCUCGGGCUGAAGGGCAGCUACCACGGAGACACCAUCGGCGCGAUGGACGCGUGCGAGGAGGGCGUGUACACCUGCGAAUGGCAUAACGCGAAAGGAUACUGGCUCGAGCCGCCCACGGUCGGGAUCAAGGACGGGCAGAUCGCCAUCACUGUCCCCGGCUCGCUCGCCUCGUUCCCGAGCUCUCAAACCGUAAAUGCCGAGUCCCUCGCGUGGGUGUACGACGUCGAGAAUAGGCUGCACACGCCGCUCGCACGCGCAUACGCCUUAUACAUCACCCGUUCUUUGGAGGCACUGGCAGCGCGUGGAGGCCCGAAGCUCGCCGCGCUCGUCCUCGAGCCCCUGAUCAUGGGUGCAGGCGGGAUGCUCUUCGUCGACCCGCUCUUCCAGCGCGUGCUCGUCGACACUGUGCGCGGGCGCCGUUCAGGCUCGUCCGCCCAGUGGUCGGGCAUGCCGGUGAUCUUCGACGAGGUCUUCGUCGGGCUCAACCGCGUGGGCGUCGAGAGCGCUGGCACGCUUCUUGGCGUCUAUCCCGAUAUCUCGGUGAACGCGAAGGUCCUUACGGGUGGGCUUGUGCCGCUUGCGGUGACCCUCGCGUCCAAGUCGAUCUUUGAGGCGUUUUUGAGCGAGAAUAAGGCUGAGGCGCUGCUCCACGGGCACUCAUAUACGGCACAUGCAGUGGGAUGUGAGGUGGCGAAUGAGACGCUCAGGUUGAUUGAUAGGCUGCAGUUGAGCGAUGAGUGGAUUGCGGCCAAGGCAAGUUGGGCGAAGCCGGAUGGGAGUGAAAGUCCUGUUUGGAGCUUAUGGGAUCCUGAGUUCGUGAGGGCUAUCUCGAGGCUUGAGCAGGUAAAGGAGGUCAUGACGCUGGGGAGCGUCCUAGCAAUCAAGGUCCAGGACAAUACUGGAGGAUACGUCUCACAAUCUGCCCAAGAAACCUUGAAGGCCUUGAAAGCAUGUUCCAGCACUCAUGGCGAUCUGUCGGCAGCACCAGGCGGUGCACCAUUCAGCGUACACUACCGGACACUCGGUGACGUCGCCUACUUCAUGACAAGCCUGAACACGAGCCCAACCGUCAUUAGAUCCAUAGAAGACAGAGUCUGGACAGCUCUAUCAAGUACAAGCCAAUAG